CCCGCUGCUUAUUCCCCUCCGGGGUCACGUCGAUCUUCCGGGUGUCUCUGACAGGGCUGUCUACGCCGCCUUUUCGGCGACUUUUUGGUCUUCCGCUUUUUUUUCCUUUCUUUUUGUUGUCGCCGCCCCCAACCUUCCACGCCCGCGCGGGCCUGGCCUUGUCGGCUGUCGCCUCGCCGCCGCCCUGCCGGUUCCUGGGUCACCCCCCCGAGCUGGGCCUCGCCGCGCUGCGGGCUGCUCGGGCGGCCGCGUUGGCGGGCGGUGCCGCUGGGCCCUGCUCGGCCCUUCGGCGUGGACGCCGGUGAGUGGGGGCUCCGGAGGGGAUGCACGCGUGUAGGCCCUGCUCCCCGGCCGGGCGCGCGAAACUUUUCUGAAACUGGCGCUGUGUUUUGCGCGGGAGAGAGAGAGCCUGGCGCUGCCCUGCGGCUCCCGGACUAGGGGCGUUCCCCGGGUGCUGGACUCGGUGAAGAAUGUUGGCGCCGCUGGCUUCUCUCUGAUUCCGCCUUCUCUCUAGUUCUCACGCCGCCUCCCGCGCUGUCCUCACUCCCUAGACCGAAAGAGUAAGACUGGCUAGAUACUCCCAUCUGGUAUUCCAAAAGGCCGUGGCGAGCCAAGCUUUGUUUAAAAGUAAGAUUGCUGAUAUAAGGAAGAGAAAGAAACGAUGCAAGUACGGUUAGAAAAUUAAGUAGAAGAAUACAUGUUCAACCUCAGUGAGCAAGAGCAUGUUCCCAAACUCAAUUUUGGGUCGUCCUCCCUUCACUCCAAACCACCAACAGCAUAAUAGCUUCUUUGCUCUCUCACCAACUCUUUAUUCACACCAGCAACUUAUUGAUGCACAGUACAACUUCCAAAAUGUAGACUUGUCUAGAGCUGUGACCUUACAGCCCCUGACAUAUGGAACUGUCAGUCCAAUACAGACCUCCACAUCCCCAUUGUUUCGAGGAAGGAAGAGAAUAAGCGAUGAAAAAGCCUUUCCUCUUGAUGGUAAACGACAGCGUUUCCAUUCACCCCACCAAGAGCCAACUAUAAUUAACCAGAUAGUGCCUUUAUCAGGUGACCGAAGAUACUCCAUGCCGCCAUUGUUUCACACACACUAUGUACCAGAUAUAGUAAGAUGUGUUCCACCUCUUCGAGAAAUUCCACUGUUAGAACCUAGAGAAAUCACACUGCCUGAGGCCAAAGAUAAGCUGAGUCAGCAGAUAUUAGAGUUGUUUGAAACUUGUCAGCAGCAAACAAGUGACUUGAAGAAGAAAGAACUCUGUAGAGCACAGCUGCAAAGAGAGAUCCAGCUGCUCUUCCCACAAAGCAGACUUUUUUUGGUUGGAUCGUCUUUAAAUGGAUUUGGUGCCCGGAGCAGUGACGGUGAUUUAUGCUUAGUUGUUAAAGAAGAACCACUCCAGAAGGACAUCUUCCCCUGCCCUAUACACUGUUUUUUUCAGGUGAAUCAGAAGACUGAAGCCCGCCAUAUACUCACCUUAGUCCAUAAACACUUCUGUACUCGACUGUCUGGCUACAUUGAGAGACCUCAGCUGAUUCGUGCGAAAGUGCCAAUUGUGAAGUUCAGGGAUAAAGUCAGUUGUGUGGAAUUUGACUUAAAUGUAAACAAUACUGUUGGAAUUAGAAACACAUUCCUUCUCAGAACUUAUGCCUACCUUGAAAAUCGAGUACGUCCGUUAGUGUUGGUGAUUAAGAAGUGGGCAAGUCACCAUGAUAUAAAUGACGCCAGUCGCGGUACUUUAAGCAGUUACAGUCUUGUAUUGAUGGUUUUGCACUACUUACAAACCCUACCUGAACCCAUCCUUCCAUCCCUCCAAAAAAUUUACCCAGAAUCUUUUAGUACUUCUGUACAGCUGCACCUUGUGCAUCAUACUCCAUGUAAUGUUCCUCCUUACCUCUCAAAGAAUGAAUCAAGCCUUGGGGACCUCUUACUGGGCUUUCUUAAAUAUUAUGCUACAGAAUUUGACUGGAACACUCAGAUGAUUUCAGUUCGUGAAGCCAAAGCCAUCCCAAGGCCUGAUGACAUUGAAUGGAGAAAUAAAUAUAUCUGUGUUGAAGAACCCUUUGAUGGAACUAACACCGCCAGAGCUGUGCAUGAAAAGCAGAAGUUUGAUAUGAUCAAGGAACAGUUUUUAAAGUCAUGGCAAAGAUUGAAAAACAAGAGAGAUCUCAACAGUGUUCUGCCUUUGAGAGCUGCUACCCUGAAGAGAUAGCUGCCCUCUAAUUCCUAAACUCUUCCAAGAAAUAAAGAACAAUAGUUACAUCACAAUGCAUUUGUUUACCUCCAUCAUGGUUUAUUUUUAAUCUUGUUCUUGUUUUUGUUUUAUUUUUAAAAGGACAUACUUAUAUAAAGAUUGCAUAUUUUAUUAUGACAUUUCCUAAUAAACUCUUUGAUUUAAAAAUGUAUUUUUGAAAAUGUUUACAUUGAUGAUUAGUAGUAUUAUGGCAUGACUUUUCGGCAUAAAAUAUAUUUUGAGAAAUUACCUGAACUAAUAAGGUUUUGAUAUAAUUUUAAGUAAUUGUACCACAUGCAAAUGAAGAACCAUGUGGAAUUUUGCAAAGGAUCUAAGUAAUACAUAUUUACAGUUUAACUGGCAGUACACAGUUGUGUAACUCAGUUCUAGUCAAGGGAAGAUUCAAGUCAGUUAUUCAGUUACUUGAAGCAAAUGAAAUCUUUCAUUCAGUGAAGUCACUGGAGUCUUGAAAUACUGGACAAUUGCCUUAAGUCUCCCUCCACUUGACUCUGGGACAGCCUGUCUUGUCCUGUGUCUGUAUUCGUGUUUCAUUAGCACUUCACACCUCGCUUUGAUCCACUCUGGGGGUUACAGGACCACUAGCAGCAGUUGGUGACCUGCUAAUGGACUCUCACUUUGGAGAGAGAGCGUUUCCUAUGCUUUCUGAUAGCAUAGUGCAGGGUACACUGUUGCUUUACCUCUGUUUUCCUGAUCUUUUUCCUCAUGAUAGAAAACUGAACAUCAAAGUUAAGAUUAUAUCCUAUUUGUAGAAUCGGAUUUCUGUGGAUUAUAAUCUAAACUGGAAUUUUUAGGCAGUAAGCCACUAUAAAGUGUUUUAGAUAAGACAGUAAAAUUAUAAAUAAAAGUUUAAUGUUUAUACAAAAAUCUUUUUUAGUAUUUCUUUUCCACAUAAAAGUAGUAGCUUCAGAUACAAGCUAUUCUGUUUCUUAAGAUUGUUUUUAGUUCAUGUAAAUAUUUGUAAAUUGGUCAGUACCUGUAAAUUUAAAUAUAAAAAGUAAUCUUGAAAGCAGUUUUAACUUUUUCAAAGAUUGCAGACUUCUUGUAGGCCUAUGGUGGUACAGUUUGUACCACUGAACUAUUUUUUGCAGAUCAAUUAAAAAACUAAAAAUAUUUGCUUUCUUUGACUUAUAAAGGGUGCGUAUUUUGUUUUUCUUUUAAGUUUAAAUUUUUGUAUGCUGUCAAAUGGAAUAAAGUUUAUAUCUGGAAAUUUUUGAGGUGUAAUUUUUCUGUGAAAGUCAUUGGUUUUGUAAUAAGAUUGAGGCUGUAAUUAUCUGAACUGGUCUGAACCCAAUUCUGUGGUUAAGCCCGUCAGCCACUGUAUUUCUCUGGCUUUAUUGGGAAUAAACUUUCCAAGUGAGUCAGUUUUUUUAGAUUACUUAUCUGUAGUACUUUUGAUGCAAUUAAGCGUUUUAUAUAUGAAUUCUUCUUCUGGGAACUAUUCCUGAGAUUUACUGCAUACUGUGCAGCCCCUUCUCAGAAUGUAUUGAGUAUAAUGGUUAAGGGGACCCGGUACUGUUUGUAAAUAGUGGUCUCUUAGGGACGGUGUUCUGCAUCACAGCUCCAUGAUGUUAAUAAAGCCUCAGAGUUAACCACAGUGUGGACUCUUGCAUUGCCACCUGUUCUCGUUUUUCUGUGGCCCCACCCUACUACUUUUGAGCCAAGUUGUUGUUACCAAGUAGGCCAAAAAGCUGAUACAUUUAUAUCCUGGAACUAAUGGGUUAGCAGCUAAGAUCGUGUACUGGUAACAGUCCAGAUUUAUCAGGUAAGUGGGCUGUUAAUAUAUGAGACUUUUUAAAACAUUAUUUUCUGUGCUGGGAUUGAACUCAGCUCAUCCUUGCUAAGCAAGUGCACUACCCAUUGAGCUAAUAUCCUCAGCAGGAGACAAAUUAAUUUUGUGUGAAUACUACAUUUUAUUUUGUGUGUGUUGAUUGCUCCAUUUCUGUAUGUUUGUAUGUAUUAUUAAAGUAUUGUUAGUGUUAAAA